CGUUUUCUUCCCGUAGCUCCAGCAUAUACCCAUAAAAGGUUCAUUUCUCUUCCAACUAAAAUAGAACCACUUUACAAACAACCACCUUGGAAUCUGGUUGUUUUCCGUACCCUCUUCUUUCUUUCUUUCUGUUUUCUUCGCUCCCACGCCAACUUCCUCUUCUUCUUCUUCUUCUUCAAAAAAAAAAACUCGUAUAAACCAAAACAAAAGCUUUCUCUGCCAAAAAGAUUGCCUUUACUUUAUCCCACACCCUUCCAUACUAAUUCCUUAUCUACACCAACCUCGAUUCUCAUCUUCAAUGCGUAAAAGCCCAACCCCACUUUUUUCUUUUCCUCAGAUUUUCAUUUUCCUCCCCAGAUUCCCUGCCUUAAAUUCCCAUUAAUUGACAGUUUGACACACACACGAGAAAAACUUAUUCAAUUCACUAUCAUCCAAUCCCAUGACUUUCUCGAGACUUUUCCUGCUCUUUUCGCUAUUUUCUCUCGCUUUUUCUCAAAAACAUUUUGACUCACACCUCCAAACCGGGCCAUUGAUCGUCGAAUACACAGAUAACGUAGAAACCCAACUCCAAGAAUUGAAGGAGGAGCUCAGAUUACAGUGUACCAGUUGGAGAUUUUCCGUGGAAGCUAACAAUCUCGGUCCAUGGAGAACAAUUCCAGAGGAGUGUAGAGAUUACGUGAAAGAUUACAUGACCAAUCGGGGAUAUGAUAUCGAUCUCGAGAGGGUGUCAAAGGAGGCAGGAGAUUAUGCGAAGACCGACCAUCGUUACGGCUUAGAGAUCUUUGAUCAUGUGGAGUUCGACAAAUGGGUUGAGAAGGCCAUAGCUCCUGCUAUAGAGCCCAGCUUGAAACUCUAUGAACAAGUCCUCAGUUUGGGAUUUAAAGUUUUCUUGCUCACCGGUCGAGCUGAACGACACAGGAAAGUUACCGUCGAGAAUUUGAUCAACACCGGUUUUCGGUAUUGGGACAAGCUUAUACUAAGGGGCCCUGAUGACCAUGGGAAAUUAGCAGUAUUAUACAAAUCAGAGAAGAUAAGUGAAAUGGAAAGAGAAGGAUAUAGAAUUCUUGGGAACUCUGGAGACCAAUGGAGUGAUUUGCUGGGCACCCGAAUGUCCACCCGUUCAUUCAAGCUUCCUAAUCCAAUGUAUUAUAUUGCCUAAUAAUUACUAAUAGAUAAUUCAUUUACAAGUGUAGAGGUCUAAAUAAUUGCCUUUGACACAAAGCAUUAGCCUCUUCAUGAAGUUGUUGAACUUAUUUAACCAAUUAUUGACAUACCAUAAACUGAAAAAGAAAAUUUAUUGAAUAAUAAAAAAUGAUGGUCAACAAGCUUUC